UAACCCGUCCAGACGAUAAAAACCAGCAACAAAAACCAGCGUACGCGCCAUAUUCUACCACAUCGCUCGAAUGAACGCCAAUGCACAAAUAACCGACGACCAAGGUAACAAACAAACCGCGCUUGAUGGACUGCGUCUCGCGCGCGUGUGUGUGUGUGCGUGUUCCAGCCGAAAAACCGUCACCAAAAUAACAUUAGAUAAUAGAAGGCUAAUGCGCCGGCAUUGCGUGCAUGGCGGGAGAGUGAAGAAUGCGAUAUGCUGGGUGUGCUGAUGGAGAAGGGGUGGCGAGAUGGGAGCGGGAACCGCCGCCGCCGCCACCAGCAUGAAACCGGAAUCAAAAUACCGGUUUUUGUAUUUAUUCAUCCGUGCCCCUGACGUUGAUGUGAGGUGGCCUGCUGCUGCUGCUGCUGGUUGCUGGCUUGUCCGCCACUGCCAGUGUCUGUUAUUCUUCUGCAGACACAUCAUGGGACGGUUUGUGCUCGAGUGUUUGGCGGUUUGUUUGCUGAUAACAUUAGUGCGCUGCCAACAAAAUGGGACCUUUACGUUUGCCACGUCGGGCGAUGGUGGUGGUGCUAGGGACACGCCGCCGGGCGUCGACCGAUUGCAACGAAGCUCGCAAAAGUUUGCCCUCCAGUUUUACCAGUACGUCACUGAGCUGGUCGACUACAAUCCAAACGUAACGACGACAAACAUAAUCGUGUCACCGUUUUCGGCCUGGAAUCUGCUGACCUUGAUAACGGAAGGCGCUUCCGGUCGGACACUGGACGAGCUGCUAGUCGCGCUCGACGUGCAGCAGCAGGAGCAGAUCCGUAACUACUACAAACCGUUCGCCCAAAGCUUCAGCCUACUCGAUCGAGAUGUACAGCUGGCAGCGGCCCAGUACGUCAUCACGGACGAAAAUCGCCCCGUGUCGAAGGACUUUGAAUCCGCUUUGGAUAACUUUUACAGCCCCAGCGUGCUGCAGCCGAUGAACUUUGCCAACCGCAGCCUAACGUACGAACGGGUGAACCGGCUCGUUUCCGACGCCACGCAAGGACAGAUCCCGAAGGCGAUCGAAAUGAGCGAUCUUGAGGAUGCGCGACUGAUCAUGCUUUCGGUGCUGUUCUUCCAAGGACAGUGGACGAUUCCAUUCAAUCGAUCGUUCACCACCAACGUUCCGUUUUACGAUGAGAACGAGCAACCGAUCGGUAUGGUGGAGAUGAUGUUUCAGAGAGGCAUUUUCCCAUUUGCCGGGUACAAGGAGCUGGACGCACAGAUCCUCGAGCUACCGUACGGUGCGAAUCGCCGGCUGAGCAUGCUGCUGAUCAUGCCGCGAAAAGGCGUACCGCUGGUGGAGGUGAUCCGUAAGCUGGCCGUAUACGGCAUCGACCGUGUGUUCGACGAACUCGACCGCAGCUUGGUGGACUUUGACGACGACGAGGUGGAGGUGCAUUUGCCCAAGUUUGAGUUUAACUCCGACUACAAUCUGAUACCGAUUUUGAAUCAAAUGGGUGUCCGGGAAGCGUUCGACUCCGGUGUGGCCAACUUUGACAAAAUAUCGGACCUAAACGCAAUUUACAUUAGCAGCGUUAUACAGCAAACCAAAAUCGUUGUCAACGAAGAGGGGACGAUGACGGCUGCCGUCACGACGGGCGUUUUUGCGAACAAGGCAACGCCGCCACGCUUCUUAGCCAACCGUCCGUUCGGUUUCAUGAUCGUUAACCGGCAGCAACGGACGAUCCUGUUUGCUGGACAAGUGAAGCGACCGAAUUUGGUUUAGCGCGCCCUAUCGCGUCGCAGUGAGCACUUUCGGAAUGGAAGUAUCAAGACAAAAUGAAUAAAAAAAGGAGGAAAAGUAUUAGUUAAUAA